AAGAGACUCACACUUUUUGCGCAUAGCUCAGUGGGCGAAGUUGCGUCGCACCGAGAGCUCCCCUUCUUCGUUUGACACUGAACAAAAGUUACAAAGCGAAGGCUGGCCGAGUUGGGCCACCACCGUUGUUGUCCGAUUUAAAAGUGCCAUGCCACCUUAAAGGGCCCUCCCCGCCUCUCUGUCUUCUUGUUAAAAGUCUGGGGCGCACGAAUCAUAUAUAUAUUUUUUUCCAAAACGCGCGUAUAUCGUGUCCCCACCAUGGGAGGCUGCCUCUGGCUCACGGUUUCCGUUGGAGUCUUCUUGCCGCUGGUCUCCAGCUUUCCGAGGUUCACUGACAUCUUACCGCUGCAAGGCACGCAGAACUUCGUCCUCUGCAAGUUGUGCGAUGACGUGAGCGGCCCGUUCGCCAUCACCACGGCCGCGUGCGACCCUAAGAAUGAUCUGUGCACCAGCGGCUGCGAGCGUAGCUCCACGUGCGUCGACUCCUACUGCGCUGCUUUCUGGAACGACAACGGCAACUCGAUAAACGUGAGCACGCAGUGCCUCUCCCUGGAAGAGCUGGUCGCCAAGCUCCCGGGGCUGAACAAGAGCACCGCCAACAGCACCAGCUGCGUCAAGCAGACCGUGCCGACCGGCACCAACUUCACCGGGGCGUGCGUGUGCAAGGCCGAGGAGUGUAACCACUACCUGCCCAUCAGAAGCCACCUUCCUUCCCAACAGCCGCCCUUCAAGAACGAGUCCAGCACCGGUAACGACGGCGAUGGGCAAAAGCUGUACCUCAUCAUCCUGCUGGCUCUGCUGCCCGCGGUCGCCCUGAUCGCGCUGGUCAUGCUCACGUUCUACACGCUGUGCGAGCGGCACAAGCGCCGGGGCCCCCACGGCGCUGCUGCCCUGCCCUCCAAGGAAGGCAUCAAAACGCCGCUCGGCAGGGGCCUCUCCGCACCGUCCUCGGGAAGGAUGGCGGGCGGGAGAGCGGCGGCGUCUGGCGGCCGGAGGGCGGCGGGAGUAGCCGGCGGCGAGAGCAGCGAGCGGUGCGCCCUGCGCGACGACCAGUCCGACGUCAGCUCGACGUGCGCUAACAACAUCAACCACAACACGGAGCUGCUGCCCAUCGAGCUGGACGCCGAGGUGGGCAAGGGGCGCUUUGCUCGCGUGCGACGCGCCAAGUUGCGGCAGAGCGCGGCCUCGGAUCACUUUGAGACGGUGGCCGUGAAGAUCUUCCGCGCGGCCGAGUUUGCGUCGUGGCGCUGCGAGAAGGAGAUCUUCUCCGACGCCAACCUCAAGCACGAGAGCAUCCUGCACUUCCUGACGGCCGAGGAGAGGCUGACCACCGAGCCAGAGCACGACGUGCUGCACGCCGGCAUGGCGGGUGGUGGCGGCGGCGGCGGCAUGGUGAAGGAGUACUGGCUCAUCACAGCGUACCACCCGCGGGGAAACCUGCAGGACCUGAUCAUGCGCAAGGUGCUGAGCUGGCGCGAGCUAAUGCUGCUGGGCGCGUCGCUUGCCCGCGGCGUCGCGCACCUGCACAGCGACCGCACGCCCUGUGGCCGGCCCAAGAUGCCCAUCGCGCAUCGCGACAUCAAGAGCUCCAACAUCCUGGUGAAGGCGGACGGCACGUGCUGCCUGUGCGACUUCGGUCUCUCGCUGAGGCUCGACCCGUCCCUCAGCUCCGACGAGCUGGCCAACAGCGGGCAGGUUGGCACGGCCCGCUACAUGGCCCCCGAGGUCCUGGAGUCGCGCAUCAAUCUCGAGGACCUGGAAUCCUUCAAGCAGGUGGACGUGUACGCCAUGGCACUCGUACUCUGGGAAAUGGCAUCUCGCUGUGACGUCUUAACAGAUGUCAAGGACUACGAGCCGCCGUUUGGCACCAAGGUGCAUGAACACCCGUGCGUGGAGAGCAUGAAGGACAUGGUGCUGCGGGAGAGAGGUCGCCCAGACAUCCCGGGCAGCUGGCUUCUGCACCAGGGAAUGGGCUUCCUGAGCGAGAUGAUCACCGAGUGCUGGGACCACGACCCAGAGGCCCGUCUGACGGCGCAGUGCGUGGCAGAGCGCUUCAGCCAGAUGGAGCUCGCGGAGACGGAGCGGGAGAGGGAGCGCGACAGUCAGCCGCCGCCCACCGACGACUCCUCUCCCGCCGAGAGCUCGGACAGUUUUGAGGACAAGGGCGAAACGCAGUGUCUCAUGGGCAGCCCCUCCCGCUGAGGGGCACGGGGGACGCAGGGGGAAGAGAACGCAGCCGGAAGUCUUGGGUUAAAGUGACGGGUGCGCACGUACGCGGCCACGGACACACACGUGGACGUGGACGCGCGCGUGUAAGCAGAAAAGUUAUCAGUCGGCUGAGUGCAUCAUCAGCUUAAAUGCACACUGAUUUGUUGGUCCUGUUUUUUUCUACCAUUACUCAGGCACUCUAUACGCGUUAACGAGCUUUAAUCGUCAACACGCUCCCAUGGCCAUGCAGAUUAACCAAGUCGACUUCAUACACAGAGAGAACAACGCAGUUUAGUUUUGCAUUUGUAAAUUCAGCACACGUGUACAACACUUUCUUCACAGUGCAUGGACAAUCAUAAACAUUUAUAACGUGUUAACAAAUACACGAGCAAGAUUGACUAUUUUGUAAACAUAAAUACACGUGCAUUUGUCUCCACAAACACCCCUAUAUACAAAGACAAAUAUCCCCCAUAUAGAUUUUAACAGACUUUUGGGGCAAGUGCUGUCAACACCUACGAGUGUCGGUAAAGCGCACAAGGGGGUGAGUGGCCAGCAUUACCAUAUAUACAUACACGCAGUAUUUUUUUAAAAUCAAAUUUAUUUUAUACUCACAGCAAGACAUCAUUUUCAAUAUUUUAUGAGACAACAUUUCCCCUCAGUGCUGAGGCAUUGAAAAACACUGUAAACGUAACUGGGUUCCAUUUGAUGUAAAACAAUUGGCCUAUAUUUUUCAAGUAGACAAUUCAAAGAUAACUGGUGAUAUAUUUUAUUACUGUAUUAUUUCAAUUAUAUGACAUUUCCAAACAUAUAUAUUAUAUAUAUAAAACUUUUCAAAACAAUGGCUAUAAUUUGAUGAUACAAAGGGAAUAACUUUUUCUCAACAUAGGUUGACAGUAUUUGGAGCCAUUUCCUUGUCUCUUUUUCCAAGGGGGUAAAUAGAAAAUGAGGUCUAAUUUUUCAUGUAACUACCCAGAUUUAUCACACUAACCUUGGGAAAGAUUAACUAUAAUAAAACAAGGGCUGGAAAUAGAUACAUACACAUGUAACGAUUGUCGAGUUUGUCAACAUACAAGGGAAGACCAACACAUGUUGCUUUUACAUUAAUACAUUUCAACCAUCUCAAAUCUUCAUCUGCUACAUCACCUUCCAGUGAAAUGGAAUUUGCAAAUGAAGUGCAAUGGGAUGGGUUGGCUCUCCAACUUCCAAUUAUGCAAGCAUUAAAAAAACACGUGCAUAUCCAUGACCGACUUUAGCUGAUGCAAAUCAAGUGAAAACAAACGAUGUUUUAAACGAGCCAUGUGGAGGAAAUAGGGUUAAUGUAAUACAAAAGGGAAUUUUAUACUGUAAUGCAAACUGAAUGAAUGAGGGUUUUAUGUUUGAUUUGCCUGGCUGUUGGUAAACCAAAGGGCAUGUAUAUGAUAGGGCAUACCGACAGACCAAAGGCGCAGUGCAAGAUUAUAUUGAGAGACUUGUCACAUUAUCUGCAUAAGUUGUGGAAUGUGUCACUUUUUGGAAGGGGCAUUUUGUGAGGCCUGGAACAGCUGCUGAAAUGACAUUAUCCUUCUGUUUGUAUAAGUUUGUUUCGUUUUGGGUUUUAUUUGAUAAAACCUUAGUUUGAAUGAUCAAAUAUUGUAUAUACGUGUGUACAGUACAGUAUAUUAAAAAGAUAUAUGUAAAAUGCAUCGCAAAAUAUUAACGUUUUGGGCAUGGUACAUGACACUAAAAGCUCAAAGUGCAAACGGCUUGCAACAUGUAAAUAUGAAUGUUUUAUUGAAAUGUUGAUAAAAUUGAUGCUAUAAAAAUAUAAUUGAAAGUUCUACAGUACUGUAGUUAAACAGAAUAUAUUUUAUUUGAAUAUUUUAAAACAUAUGUUAUUAGUUAAUAAUUUGGCAAGAAUUUGUGACAAGACAUCUGAAACUAUGGUUUAUAGAGCAUUUUGAUGUGACCAUAUUCCCCAGAUUAUGACACCUUUUCACUGUAUUUUAGAGCCAAGUUGUUACUUAUUAUUUUCCUUUACAUUUAAUAAUCCAGAGCAUAUGGUAAUAUCCGAGGAAAUUAAUAGAUUUCACAACAAAGGUGGGCAUUGCACAUACAAAAGCUCUCAGCCUUAUUCAGACCACCAGCUCAAAAUAAUGUGGCCAUUUUGUUGUUCAGAACCUACUCAAAAUGUGGCCAUCCCCACAACAGGCAGUAGCGAAACAAAGACAAAACUGUUGACUCGUUUCUUCUUCAUUAGGACUCAUCACUACGGUACAGUCGGCACUAUUUGCUGCUGUCAUAUGCCCCUGGGAGCCCCGUAUAGGAAGAGGACUUGUCCUUUUACACCGUGGCAAUCCCAUUAGCACUUGCCUAAAGUCAACCAUGACGAGAAAACACAUCGGAACAGAAAUAUUAUUGCAGGCUGCAAAGACAACAACAAGAGGUGUGCAUUGCUUAUAGCAAAACAAAAGUUGAAAACAAGCACCUUGGGAAUACUUCUCUAUGUUUUCAAAGCAUUUUAUGGAAAAUGGAAUACGCAUUAGCUUGUUGUUGCUGGUCACAAAUACUCUGCCGGUUCAGCCCCAAACAUGUACAUUUCAAUUGUUCUUAAACGAAAGAGAAUGUGGAAAGUGAAGCCAUGUAUUAACUGGGAAGAUAUGCUCAACAAUUGAACAUUUUAAUACAAGGGUGUGUGCUUACUACGUGAAAACUGUAUUGUUUUCUUGCCAUUGUUUUUUUUUAUUUCUGUUAACAGCUUUAAGAAGAAACAAGUAUUCAAGUGUUACUAACCACGAUGUAGUCUGUGCAGUGUUAUUAUUUUCAAUUAUUUUUGAACAUUUGCAAGUGUAUGACAUUUUGGCAUAAUACCGGUGCAAAGUAGAUAUCUGGCAGUGAUUGGUAAUGUUAACGCACGAAUUCACUCAAGCAAAUGUUACGUAGUCUUUAUUCAUUAACAGAGUAAUUGUCAAUGUAAAAAAAAACUUCGAUGUGACAAUUUGAGGGUUUAUUGAAAACACACUUGUCUUGAAUGGUAUUUCGAGAUAAAACAGAUGGGGUUGUGGUUAUAAUAUGCAAGUUUAUUUUGGUGAAAACUCAGGAGACCAGGAGUCAGAUUUGGGUCACCAAUAUGACAAAAGCAAAAAAAAGCAGAGCAAUGAAACAAAAAGAAUCAGAACAAAAACCACUGUGCCACAUGAUAAAAUAAUAUAUAAAAUGUAUUAAGCAUGGUUAGAAUGAUGGGAAGGUGAAACAGAGAGUUAGUUAUCAAGAAUUAACUUUAAAAUGAAUACAUUAUCACAGUGCCUACUCUACAGAGGUAACCUGUAGCACUUCAAAAACUGUAUUGUGAUUUCUAAAAAUGACUCCACCAAUGUGUGAACAAAUUCUUUAUCUUGUAAGGUAUAUAUUACAGCACACUUUAUAUAUAAUAUAAAUAUACCAAAGUUAUUUUUUCCUGCUAUUUGCCUGUACUGUAUAUACUUUUUGCUGAGUGGACGGGAUUAAAAAUUCAGUUUAUGGGUGCGAUACUGCAAAAUACAAAUAAAUACAUUUUUCAUUACA